ACGGCGCAAGAAUUAAUACACGGAGAGUUUCCGAAAAUCUCAUCAGCUUUUUCGGAGCUCGCGUUGGUUCAGUUCGUCUUCGAAUUCUCUGUGACUUGGGAACGUAUGUCAAGACAACUUCAUUGAUCAAGAUUUGUGGACACAAAUAUGACCAGUAAUAUAAGAAAAUUGAAGGAUUUGUUGCUUAAAAGUGACAACCGCAACUGUGCUGAUUGUGGUGCCACAGAUCCGAAGUGGGCGUCAGCCAAUAUCGGGGUAUUUAUAUGCUUAAAAUGUAGUGGUGUGCACAGAAGCCUUGGCACUCAUAUUUCAAAGGUUCUGUCAGUGACAUUAGAUGAAUGGUCUGACGAGGAAAUCAACUCUAUGAUAGAGGUUGGUGGAAACUCUUAUGCCAAUGCAAUAUAUGAGGCUUUUCUUCCUAAGGGAUUUUCCAAGCCUAAACCGGACUCCAGUCAUCAGGAAAGAACAAAAUUCAUUAGGUCGAAGUAUCAGUUGCAAGAAUUUUUGAAACCAAGCCUACGUAUUGUUUCUUCAAAAGGGUCUUUCACGUCCUGUGAUUCUGGAAAGGAUACUGACAGUAUUUCUCCUUCAGAAAGUUCAACGAGUAUUUCUCAGGCAGGGAUGGUAGAAUUCAUUGGCAUACUGAACGUUAAAGUGAUAAGAGGAACUAAUUUAGCAGUUAGAGAUAUGCUAACUAGUGAUCCCUAUGUUGUUUUAAUUCUUGGACAGCAGAAGGCUCAGACAGCUGUUAUUAAGAGCAACCUGAAUCCAGUUUGGAAUGAGGAGCUUAAGUUAUCAGUUCCUCAAAACUAUGGAGCCCUGAAAGUGCAAGUAUAUGAUCACGACCUUAUCUCUUCCGAUGACAUAAUGGGUGAAGCUGAGGUGGAUCUCCAACCGAUGAUCACAUCUGCUACAGCAUUUGGCGACCCCGACUUGCUUUCCGACAUGCAAAUUGGGAAGUGGCUGCUGUCAAAUGACAAUGCCCUCAUCAGAGAUAGCGUCAUCAAUGUUGUUGAUGGAAAGGUCAAACAAGAGGUGUCACUAAAGCUACAAAAUGUAGAAUGUGGAGAGCUUGACCUAGAAUUGAGAUGGAUUCCCUUGAUCCAGUAAAUCACUGGUGUUUUCAUGACCGGCUUCCUGUAAUGCAGCCCUUAUCCGCGCUGCAAAUUUGUUGAUCUUGUUGACCAUGCACAUUGAACUGCAUAUGCAGGGAUUGUUUCUUCUGAUUUAAUGAUCAUAUGUCUGUUUAUCUA